AUGCUCACUCCGGCGGAGGCCCAACGAGAAGCUCGAGAACGAUCGACAGAGGUUUUAGCGGGGUGGAACAAGUUGCGACAGAUCCUUGAGAGACACGAAGAUCUGCUGCGCAAGCGGUGGACCAAGAAAACAAUAUUACAACGAACGAAUAUCUUACGAGGAGCUUGGCCAAAAAUUUCUUCAGUACAUCGACCAGAUUACAAAGCCUGGCGCAAGGAGGGUUCGAAGCUCAGUUCUGUUGGAACCACAUCCAGAGAAGCGUACCUUUGGCCUUAUAUCAACGUCGAGGACUUGGUCAAGGGCAAGAACUUACUUCUGUUCCUCAACUCGAGGGGCCGAUACUUUCCAUACACAUUUGCCCAUACAGACUUUGAAGCAACUCACCUAGGCCGAAUUACCGGAGCCACUAUGCCCGCAUUCCUCAAUCUUCAUACAAUGCUCCUGAAUGGAGAAGGAGUCGAAACUUACGGAUGCCUUGUGGCUUGGGAGGAUGAUGAAGAUGCGAUGAUGAAAGUGUUUACGGGUCAUGAGUAUCAGCCGGGCGAGGCGCUAUUGAUUUUGGAAAUUCAACAGAGGAUAUUGCAGUUCCUCGUGGAUUGUUGUCACAUCAUUCUUCAUGACUUUACUCACAAUGCGUUAGUCGCUGAAGCACCAAUCGAAUCAGAACCCCCUCCAAUCAAAGACACCUUCAAAUGGCCGACUUGGGCGUCUAUAUCUGCAACAGCCCCCUACCGUGUUCCUGCCGCACUUGAUUUCAAUCAUCUUAAGGCUCUGACUACUUCCAAGCGCAAUAUGGCCGAAGGUCACAUUCGAGACUUGAGAGAAGAUCCCAGUUACUUUGCGGACGUGGUGGGAGACUGGAGCGAGCACCGGCAGGAAAGGUUAUUGGAUACUAAUGGAGUUCGCCAUCCAAUACUAGAAACCCCAUUGUUCUGGGAUCGGGUUAUACGCGAUGUCGUUUCGGAUGCCUACGGGUCCUUAAUUAAGUGGGAUAUACUCAGUGAACAGCUUAAACAACUAGCCACUCUUCAGGAGCAAUACUCGCGUGUCAUCUCAUCGCAAACAUCGCUUCCACCGGAAUACACCAAGGCACUUUUAACUCUCAGAUACACGCUUGGUCAAGUGAAGAAUAUCUCGAUUACCAAACUCAAGACUGGGACUCCAGCUUCUCCUCCUCUCCGUUCUAUCUGGGUCAGAGAACCCCAUAUCCCAGGAUCUAGCAUUAUUCGAUUGAAGACUAGAAAGGGGUUGGACUACAUGUUAUGGCUAUUCCACACUCUUUGGACGGACGACCAACUCGCACUACUACGCCUUCCUGGACUGAUGGAUGAGAUUGAGAAUAUGAUAAGUGAUGCCAAAGAAAGUACAAGACUUUCACCUUGGGUUGCACGAGUAUUUUCCGACCUCGGUUUGAUCGGGCGCGUAGGACACGAAUUAGAUAUCUAUCAGCCGUGGGCCUCUAGCUUUGAUCAUGAAUUCAUCAAAUACAAGGCUGAGAUUGAGGAGAGCUAUCAGUCGCGAUUUGCUACCGCAGCAAAGGUGAAUCGCAUUCUCAAAGGGUUAUCACUAGCCCGAUUAGGGGAACCUAUUAAAGGCCGCUUCUACUACCCAUCCGACAAACGACGGACGAAACAAAACACAGAGAGUAUGCGAGCAGCAGAAUUUAAUCUGGAUGUUUUCUGGAAAGAAGUUGACGACCAUUUUCUACAAGAGUCUGGAUCAUCUCUAGACGAGGCUGUGCAACAUAUCUUCACGGAGAUGCGUCAAUUAGAGCGAACUGCAGAUUGGGUUGAGCCUACUCAAGAAUGUGAAAACAAUCUCUUGAAAACAGAUGAACACGCUUUGCUGCCCGAUCUCACUCCUUAUGCCUCUGCGGAUAUUCCUACACGAUUUGCUCUACCGGAGUUGAAAAUCAAGGCCAAGACGAGGGGCUUAGCAAAAGAUACUUCCGAAAUCGUACCGAAUAUCCCGCUGCCAGAAGAAACUACAGUACCUCAACCUAUAUUUGUACUCAACAAACGUGCCUUCAAAGUCUUCCGGACCUUGUUCUUCAACUCCUCUAAUUCGGACCUGCCCGGCGAAAUUCCCUGGACGGACUUCCUCUACGCUAUGCAGUCAAUUGGAUUUGCUGUUGAAAAGCUCCACGGUUCGGCCUGGCAGUUUACACCUCUGACGCGUGAUGUUGGACAAAGCAUUCAAUUUCAUGAGCCACACCCAACCACGAAAAUUGCCUUCCGCAAUGCUAGACGAAUUGGAAGGCGCUUGAGUCGAACAUAUGGAUGGCAUGGAGGCAUGUUUACACUUGCCUGAACCAGAAGACUGCGAGGAGCCUGGAGUGAUUUUGAUGUUCUUUAUGUUUUUCGUCCUUUCGUAUCGCUCAAACUUUGAGUACCGGUUUUAACAUUGCACUAGUGAACUCCGGCUCAAGAAUUCUUGUAGCUAAGCAAAGCAUCUG